AUUAUAAUCUCUUUUGAGAAAAAAAUAACACCAGUUAGUUCGCUUAAUUGUAGUUAUGGAUUCGAUGCGUGGCUUUGGUGAUUCUGCACAUUAUGGAAAUAUGCGUUCGAAGUUUCCCUAUGGGGGUUUCAUGGAAGGAAAGGAAGCAUUACAAUACAGGGAUAUGGAUUUGAUGCGUGGCUUUGGCGUUUCUGCACAUUAUGGAAAUGAAGAGUUUGAUAUGCGUUCAAAAUUCGCCUUUGCGGGUUUCGUUGAAGGAAAGAAAGCAUUAGAAUACAGGGUGGAAUCCACUUGUUGCUUUGGGGGUUUUGCGCAAGGAAAGGAAGCAUCAAAAUGUAUGGGUUCGUUGUCCCAUGUGGGGAAACGGAAGAGACUUCAUCCAAACCGUGUGAUCAUCCUGUCGUCGUUGAAAGAUGAGUACAUAGAGUCCCCACAUAAAACACUGGGGGGGGAAAAUCAGAAGGUGGAUGGGCCUCCCUCGAUUUAUAGGGACAUGUGUCAGCUUCCAAAGUGGGUUAAACUGAGAGGCCCAUAUCGUGCACUUACAUUCCAAGAGAAGGAGUAUUAGCGUAAGAGGGCUGAAGAGAGCAGGGGGUUUGAUGUUCCGGAUAUACCUGAUGAUAUUGAUCCUUGUGAAAUAGAAGUUAAGCCAUUUAAGUUGGACCGGUACCCCCCUGGAAGUGAGCUAUGGAAGAAGGUCAAGAAGCUCACAGAUUAUUCAAAGUUAGCUCUUGACAAGUACAACAGCGUAUGGGCUUUUUCUAGUUCACAAAAUUCUUCCAUCCUCGUCUCUUUUAUUGUGUGUCCUCUUUCUUGGUAUUUGGUUUAACUUCUUUCUUAAAUUAUACUGUAGGCAGCAAAGUACCAGUUUGCAAAGUUAAUCAAGGCAAACUGCCGAGGUGGUUAUCCUAUCGAGUAUUUUAUUACAUUUCAGGCCUAUGAUAUGGCUUGUUUUCGCUGCAAGACUUUCCAAGCUAGUGUGACUAUAGGGUUUGAGGAAACAAUGGUGGAUUGCUGGCCUGAACCGUAUCCAACUUCUCGAAGGUCCAGACAUAAUAUCAACGCUGGUGCAGUGGAAUGCUCAUCUGCUGAUCAACACUGAAUGAACCUUCUUUAGAAGCAUUUAUCAGCACUAUCUUUCUUACCCACCACAGUUGAACUUUCGGUUACUUGGCAAGUUGUCUUGUUUUCUUGUGCGUUAUGUUCCCAGGCAGUCUUUUAUUUGUUUGGCUGCCAAAGACUUAAAACCCAGUAGAGGCUCGUUGGCUUAUGGGUUUGAUUUCCUGUAAAUACUUGUAAAUAAUGAAAAUAAAUUGAUUUCAUCUA